AUGAGCAAUAUCCGGGUGGCAUUCUUCUCUGAGUUAUUCACCAUCCCCAUCGUCACCCUCCUCGCCAUCCCCUUCCCUACCCUCAUUGCCGCACUCCACGACGCCGUCCUCACCGCCUCCGUCAUUUUCACCGUUGAGUUCAUGAGCAACUUCAUCGCUUUGGUCCCGGUCUUGUCCACUGUCCUGGUCAUCGAAGUUGCACCGGGGGAGAGUUCCUUCAGAACUGAUCCUCCACACAAGCAUCCCAUUGAACUCAAAUCUGUCCCAAAUCAGAACCUGAACUUUCCGGAAUUCUUCGUCGAAGAUGUUGGCUUCAAUAUUAAUAUUUGA